AGGCCGCUUAGGAAAACCAUGUGCUAACAUUUAUGAUUCAGUACCCACUGAGAGGAAGCCACGAUGCCAUGAGCUACUGCCUGGACAUAAACUCCCCGUUGGUCAGGGCUGAGUCGGACUGUUUCCGGCUCCUGGAUGGAGUUUUUAGCUGCUUCACAAGGCCGGCCAUUUUUAGAUGGGCCACCACACAGGAUAAAACCAUCGAAGAGCAGCUUUCAAUGGGGAUUCGGUACUUUGACCUUCGUGUUGCACACAAACCAAACGACCCGUCCAGCGACUUGUACUUCACACACGUCAUAUACACUCAUGUGACCGUACUGGAAACACUCGAGUCUGUUGCUGCUUGGCUCGAGGCUCACCCGAAGGAGAUCGUUAUCCUCGCUUGCAGCCAUUUUGAAGGAAUGGAUGACAAAUGCCACGAAUCAUUCAUUUGGUCCCUGAAGAGACUGUUUGGCUCUAAGCUGUGUCCCCAGAAGUCUUUUCUUUAA